AUGAACUCCACUGAAUACAGCCUUCGCUUGAAGUGGGCGGACCGGUUGGGAAUACAGUUUCUUGGCCCAGUAGAGCCCGAUAAUUGGCCACAAACCUAUAGGAGACUAUUCGCGGAUAUACAAAAGCUCGGCCGUCACGAAUACAACAGUUUCGUCGAGGAUAUCUCGAUUGACUCCAUUGAAAAGCCAUGGAGAAACUCAACACGAAACCGCGCUGAUCGCCUGUCGCAACUGGCAGAUAACGCUUGGAGAGAACGGAGGAAUGAAAGCGGCUGGAGGUUUGCCGUCGAGAACGAGAUAAUGCACCGAUUCUCGGUCGAGGUUGCUUGUCCGAAAUGUCGCAACAAAUUGUGGGAGUCUGAGAUACCCGCGGCUACGGACGGGAUUCACGUGCGGGCGGAGUUGCUCGAAGCCCGACGCCAGAAGCGUAAGCCAUGUCGAUGUCCACCUAUUUGGGGGCAAAGCCAGUAUGACAGUGGUAUCAGCAUGCUCUUCUCCGACCGAGCAGAGCAAAAAAUCAGACAUGAUCCGCCUUUGCCUGUGCUCUCUCAACCUGAAAAGCUGAAACGUUCGGAAGCGCCAGACCGAGUCUAUGGAUUAAAACAAACAGACAACUUCAAGCUCCUUUUGGAUUCGGAUGAUAAGCGCGGUGCUGCAGCUACGCCCUGUCCGUCGCUACGUGAAGCCAUGGAAGUCAGUCCAUUUGAGCCUGAGGGGGAGCCCCUGCUUUAUCCAUUUCUUGUCAUGGAAGCAAAGUCAAGUAAAGGGGCAGACCGAGGAGAGGUCAACAUGCAGACAGCGUUUGUAAUUAGGCGCCUUUUAAAUGUGCAGCUCAACCUCAAGUUAGCGACGGGAGAAGAAACGCAGUGGGAAUCAGGGCCGAUUGUCUGGUUCUUGGCUUGGCGGGGUGAAAUUUGGGAAGUCUCGGCGGCAUUUGUAAAUGAAUCCGAGAUCAAAUAUCCAGUAGUUGAUUUGUGGAGUGGAAACAUUCGCAGCAAAAAUGGUGCUUUGCAACUUCUUCUGAUCAUGGAUUACAUAUUUGAUUGGGCUCGCGAUGUUUAUCGACCCGCAAUAUUAGGCGAACUGAACACGAUAUCCACAGGCGAUAUUUCAACGACGGAUACGAACGUGUUUUCGACAAUAUCCCGAACCCGAAGCAUCUCCAAUUGGUUGAACCAAUCACAAGCUACACCAGCACCGACGAUUCAAGCUCCAAUCGCUAGUGUGCACCCCAGUCUGGAAUAUUUGAACAUCAUUUGUCCAGAAGGCGCUAUUCGGGACGCGUCCAUCCUUGAAUCACGCUAUCUCGCACUUCAACUCUUGGAAGGUGACAUUGACAACUUUUUGCUCUCGUUUGCAUCAACCGAAACAGCUCAAGUGUGGCUUCACGACAUGUUAAAAUGUCUUUCUAGUUCCUGGAGAGUCAGAGCAGAGACAUUAGGUGCCUUGGAAAAUAUUUGGACGACAGAGGUUCGACUUCGAGAAGGAUAUCAACAUGAUGAGAUUUUCUAUGUCAAAAUUGCAAUUCACAUCAGCAGUCUCCAUGCUAUGCAUUUCCAGCUGCUUCUAUAA